AUGAAUUGUUCCGAUCGACACGCUUCAAGUUCACAUUUGCGGGUUCCGGAGCCGGAAAAUGCAGUAAUGGGUGUUGUUCUGCCCCCAUGGGAUGAGAUUGUUUCUGCACAUUUGAGGUGUUUGUGGGCUCUCUGUAAGAAAGACUUCGAGGAGGCAUGCGCUUGUCAAAUAUUUGCUGAGGUAAAGGAGGAGAACUGGAUGCUUCCAGUUGUAUUGACUUCUGCUGUCGACCUUCGAACAUUUGCAACUGCCCUCGAUACAUCAACAACGGGCAAGGUAGAACCGAAGUCCACCUACGGUGGACAUAUGGAACGUGUGGCCCAACUUAUCAUGAAAUUGUUUCAAAUUUGUGCUGCAGAUAGCCGGACGGCCAUCGAAGACUCUAAGAAGAGGGGCAUGAUGGGUCUUGCAAAUCAACUUUUCAAGAUCUAUUUUCAGAUAAAUAAGCUGAAUCUCUGCAAAUCAAUAAUCAGGGCAAUUGAAAACAUGAACAUGGAUUCACAUUUCAGCCUCGCUCAGCGGGUUACUUUCAACUAUUAUGUCGGAAGGAAAGCCAUGUUUGAUGGAGAAUUUCAAUUAGCCAACACGGCCCUGACUUUCGCCUUUGAACGAUGCCUGUCUUCCAGCAAACGAAACAAACGAAUGGUGCUUAUUUAUCUCAUCCCCGUCCGAAUGCUUUUGGUAGGUUAUCUUCUUGUGCUUUCUGAAUUCAGUUUAUAUGUGAUAUAG